GCGGAAGCACCAGCGGACAGAACCAGCAUGACCGCGAGAGAUUAGUUUGCUCUCUUCGUGCAUGUGCAUUUCUCUUACGACAACUUCAGACAAGCUCGCCAGUAUUCACAGCAGCCAUGUCUGCAACCCAGUUACUCAACCCCAAGGCGGAGUCCAGACGGAGAGGAGAAGCCCUCAGAGUCAAUAUCAGCGCUGGAGAGGGUCUUCAAGAUGUCCUCAAGUCUAACCUUGGCCCAUCUGGUACAAUCAAGAUGCUUGUUGACGGUGCUGGAGCGAUCAAACUCACAAAGGAUGGCAAUGUGCUGUUGAGAGAGAUGCAAAUUCAAAAUCCUACUGCCGUUAUGAUUGCACGAGCUGCAACUGCACAAGAUGACAUUACGGGCGACGGGACAACAUCGGUGGUUCUUAUGGUUGGAGAGUUGCUCAAGCAGGCGGAUAGACACAUUUCUGAAGGUCUCCAUCCGAGGGUUCUUACGGAGGGCUAUGAAAUUGCCAAGAAUGAAACCAUCAAGUUUCUCGACAGUUUCAAGCUGAACCAGGAAAUUGACCGCGAGUUACUGUUAUCUGUCGCUCGAACUUCUCUAUCCACGAAACUGAAUCGGGCCCUUGCUGAGACACUUGUGCCAUCAAUUGUCGACGCUGUACUCGCCAUUUAUCACCCUCCUGAAAAGCCAGACCUUCACAUGAUAGAAAUCAUGAAAAUGCAACAUCGAACUGCAUCCGAAACUCAAUUGAUUCGAGGAUUGGCUUUGGAUCAUGGGGCACGACACCCUGACAUGCCCAAGAGAGUUGAGAACGCUUUCAUUCUGACAUUGAAUGUCAGCUUGGAGUAUGAGAAAUCCGAGAUUAACUCCGGAUUUUACUACUCAAGUGCCGAGCAAAGAGACAAGCUUGUGGAAAGUGAACGCCGCUUUGUCGACUCCAAGCUCCAAAAGAUUGUGGAACUGAAGAAGAAAGUUUGUGGGAAUGAUCCUAAGAAAGGAUUUGUUGUCAUUAAUCAGAAAGGUAUUGACCCAUUGAGUCUCGACGUGCUUGUGAAGAAUGGAAUUCUUGCACUUCGCCGUGCCAAGCGACGGAAUAUGGAACGACUUCAACUUGUUUGUGGAGGCAUUGCCCAAAACAGCGUUGAAGACCUUACUCCUGACGUUCUUGGCUGGGCGGGUCUUGUUUAUGAACAUCAACUCGGGGAAGAAAAAUACACAUUCGUCGAGGAGGUCAAGGACCCGAAAUCCGUGACGAUUCUCAUUAAAGGGCCCAACCAACAUACUAUUGCUCAAGUGACAGAUGCAGUGCGAGAUGGUUUACGUUCCGUUUACAACACGAUUGUUGACAACUGUGUGGUGCCCGGUGCAGGCUCUUUCCAAGUUGCCGCUGCUCACCACCUAGCAUCAGAAGCAUUCAGCAAAACCGUCAAAGGAAAGGCUAAAUUUGGCGUUGAGGCUUUUGCCAAUGCUCUUCUCAUUAUUCCCAAAACCCUUGCCGCCAAUUCUGGUCACGACAUUCAGGACUCACUCGCUCGCAUGCAAGAUGAGAUAAAGGAAGGCAAUGUAGUUGGUCUAGACCUUUCCACCGGCGAUCCCAUGGACCCGGUGCAGGACGGAGUCUUCGACUCAUAUCGCGUGCUCCGCAACUGCAUUGCCUCAAGCACUGGAAUCGCUUCCAAUUUGCUACUGUGUGACGAGUUACUGAAAGCCAGACAAAUGGGCAGACAAGGCGGACCUGCAGGAAUGGAAGAGUGAAGAAAGCUCUAAAAAGUAUCAAAACUUAAUUAGCCGGCAUCCGGCCACUCAAAGAGAAUAUGGAAAAGAGACUGAUGUAUUUUCACGACGGAUAUCCCGGUGUGGAUUAGAUAGUGAGGAGGCUGUAUAAUUUUACUCUCGAUAUACAAAUAAUCAGAGCUCUGUUACAAGAUGUAACCAUACUCACGUACGUCUACAUGUCUGAGGCUACGGAACAAAUCAUCGUAAAACUUGAA